AUGAUUCACCAACAAUACAAUGAAAAUUAUAUCAUUCCUAAUGAAAUUUCUUCUCAGAAUCUUCCUCCUCUCAUUACUACAGAUAUAAAAUUUGAGUAUCCCCCAAUACUUGAUGUAUCUAGUUCCCCUGAACAUCCUUUACUAUUACAACAUCAUAUGUCUUUCCCACAACCACCACCUGUCUUUUCCCCGUUUCCACCCUCGCCUCUGCUUACUCACGAGAUAAUUGUACCACAAUUACCACUACAAGAUGACCAACUAUAUUAUCCAGAAUUUAGACAAUACGACAAAGAAAAAUAUGAAAGUUCAAAAUCUGAUGGUAAUAAUUGUAGUAGGAGACGAAGACAACAAAUACAAACACAAAUACGUGGUGAAGAAUUUUGUGAUACUGCUUCUUCGUUAGAUGGAUAUGAAGAUGAUGAUAUUAUGAACAUUAAUAAUCAAUUAACACAUGCUGAAAUGCGUCGACAAAUGCAUAUCCAAUCUGAACAGAAAAGACGUGCAGAAAUCAAGGAUGGAUUUGAUGACCUUCAGAACCAAUUACCAAUUCCUAAUCACGGUCGUAAGAUGAGUAAAGCAUUGUUGCUUCAAAAAA